ACAUUUCCGGAACUAUCCCAUGAAGCACUGAUUGCAGACUAUCCAGAACAAUGGUAUCCCAAGGCCUCCAGAUCCUGGGUGUUAUGCUGUCUAUGACAGGGUGGCUGGGGACAAUCAUUACCUGUGCUCUGCCUAUGUGGAGAGUGACGGCUUUCAUUGGAGCUAACAUUGUCACAGCGCAGGUCAUCUGGGAGGGUUUAUGGAUGAACUGUGUGGUUCAGAGUACUGGACAGAUGCAGUGUAAGGUCUACGACUCCCUGCUGGCCCUUCCUCAAGACCUUCAAGCGGCCCGAGCCAUGGUCAUCAUCUCCAUCAUUGUGGGCAUCUUUGGUGUGCUAAUGGCUGUGAUUGGAGGAAAGUGUACUAACUGCAUGGAGGAUGAAUCAGCAAAAGCUAAAGCUUGCAUUGUCUCAGGGGUGAUCUUUCUUAUUGCUGCCUUCCUCAUGCUAAUACCUGUGAGUUGGUCUGCCCAGACCCUUAUCAGGGACUUCUACAACCCCUUGGUGUUAGAAGCCCAGCGUCGAGAGUUAGGAGCUUGCCUGUAUAUUGGCUGGGGUUCUGCGGCUCUCCUGCUGCUGGGGGGAGGGCUGCUUUGCUGGAAUUGCCCUCCGAAGGAGAACCAGCAGUAUACAGCAGCCAAAUUUGCACCUGCUAGAUCCUUUUCCCCAGGGAUGAAUUAUGUGUGAGCAAAACGGUGAAUGUUUCCAUGAGAACUCUGAACAAAAGUGGAUUCAUCUACCAUAUUAACUAUGUAUCUGGAAAGGCAUGUAUUUCUUUUCUUUUGCGACCACAUAUAUUUUCCUAUUACAUGAGUACAGAUCUUUGAUAAUAAUGAGAUGGAUGCUUGUUUUAAUAAAUGAAUGUGAACAAAUUCUGUACAUGGAAAUUCGGUGAUUGAAAAUCUUUUUCAUUUGACAUUUUGUAAUUAAAAGUCUGUGAAAC